AUGCAUCCUAUUGAGGCACAGAAGACAGGAGGCUGUGAACUGCAUUCUGGUGGGAAGUCUGUAGGCUUCUUUCGGAUAGCUUAUCAAGGAUCAGAUUUCAUAAGCUUCCAAAACAAUUCAUGGCUGCCAUCCCCUAAGAGUGGAAGUAGUGCUCAGCAUGUUUGCAGAUUCCUCAAUCAGAACCAACAUGAAAAGAAAAUGGUCCAGAACCUCCUCAGUGACACAUGCCCACGUUUCAUCUUGGGUGUUCUUGAGGCAGGGAAGGCAGAUCUCCAGAGACAAGUGAGGCCUGAGGCCUGGCUGUCCAGUGGCCCCAGUCCUGGGCCCAGUCAUCUGCUGCUGGUGUGCCAUGUCUCCGGAUUCUACCCCAAGUCUGUGUGGGUGAUGUGGAUACGGGGUGAGCAGGAGCAGCCAGGCACUCAGCGAGGUGAUAUCCUGCCCAAUGCUGAUGGGACAUGGUAUCUUCAAGUAACGCUGGAUGUGGACACUGGGGAGGCAGCUGGCCUGUCAUGCCGGGUGAAGCACAGCAGUCUAGGAGGCCAGGACAUCGUUCUCUACUGGGAUCAUCACAGCUCCAGGGGCUUGAUCUUCUUGGCAGUGAUACUGCUUCUGGCUCUUCUGACAGGUCUUACAUUUUGGUUUUGGAAGUGCCGGGCACGCUGUGAGCCUACUCUCUGCGCUUCUCCCUUUAGAAUGAGAAUCCAGUAACCCAGGGCCAUGGGACAUACCUGAACACAACAUGGUAAUGACAUCCUUCCAAUUGUCCUUGUAAAAAUUUGUUUAUUUCUGCUUAAUGAUCAGUUGUCAAUAUAAGCUAAAUGUAAUUUUGCAGGGCUUGUUGUUCUGACCUGGGUUCCAGAACUUUAACAUUCAACUUUUAACUCUUAAUGGAACAGGGUCCUAAAAACCUCCACGUUCAAAUAUUAAUGGAUCAUCAGGCCCAUUUCAGAUGUCAUCUCCCCUGGAGAUCCUUCUCUGAUUAGCAAGUGGAAAGUAGUUUCUCCCUCAAAUGAACUAGCACCACAUUUCAGCUGUAUUGUGUUAACUAUACUCCUCAGUCCAUAU